CCGACCGUAGGUCGGCGCGGGAGCCGCUUCUAUAAACCUAAGUUUCUACGAGCACUAAUCUUCAAUCAAGCCAUCUAAACCAAGAGCAAUCCGGCCGCGCAACCAGCACCAUGGACGACAUCACCGCCACGUCGUGCCGCUGCAGCAGCGUGGUGUUCGUGGGCAACAUCCCGUACCAGGCGAGCGGGGAGGAGCUCCUGGACGCGUGCGAGGAGAUCGGCCCCGUGGUUUCCCUCCGCGUGGCCACCGACAAGGGCACCGGCAGGCCCCGCGGCUUCGCCUUCUGCGAGUACCUCGACGACGAGACGGCCCGCAGCGCCUGCCGCAACCUGCACGGCCACCCGCUCCACGGUCGCGCGCUCCGCGUCGGCAUCGCCGCACCGGAGCAGCAGCAAGGGUGCCGACGCGUCGGCGGCGACGACCCGAGCCUGCCCGUGGGCGUGGAGGGCGCCACGCACGCCGCGUCGCAGGUGUCCGGGACGCCCAGCGCCGCCGUGACGAGGUACCUGGCGGGGCUGAGCCGGCGCCAGCUGCGUGAGUUCCUCGACGCCGUGGCGAUGGAGCCCGCGGAGUCCGUGGAGCGGGCGAAGCGGGAGUUCAGAGGGCUCGCGACGUUAAUCGAGCAGGCGGGGAUACUGCUCGACAUGGCGGCCGCAAGCGACGCCGGUGCGGCUGGUAAGCGCCCUGGCGGUCUGCCGGAGUCGGGGCGGGGUGCACCGCCGAAGGUGAGAAAGUUGGACGAUGGCACGUCAGUUGCUUGGACCGUUGCAGGCGUUGUUGCAUGCCGCUGAUGGGUCAACUGUUUUAUUUGUUUUCUAGGUAGGAGUAACUUCUAAUUUUUCAUCAAGUAGUAUAUACAGAAAUUUAGAACUCAACAACUAGGUCAACAUAAGUACAUAACUAUGAAAAUAAACAUAACUCUAAGUACAUAACUAUGAAAAUAAACAUAACUCUAGCGAAUAACAAAAGCAUUAUAGUAUAACUAACGACUCACUAGUAUGCCGAGUGCUCAUACUUUUGUCCAGUGUUAUGUCAAAACACUUGACAAAGACACCGCCCCCACCCCCACAAGCCCUACCCCUAAGGCCUUGUUCGGUUAAACCUAUCCUGGAGGGGAUUGAAGAGGUUUGAAGGGAAUUGGAUGGGAUUUUGACUUGUAUGGGAUUUAAUCCACCCCAAUCCACUUCAAUCCCCUUCAGUUUUGUUGCGACCGAACAAGUCCUAAACGGAGUGCAAGAAAAAAAAACACUCUACAAACGGUUGGUACUUGACAAAACCUUGAAAACACGGGCAAAGAAUUGGUCGCUCGGCAAAAUCAGUGAUAUGUGCCCUUCCUCGACGCAACUGACAGAAGAGUGACAACGUGGUCUCAUUUUCGGAAUGCCUGUCAGACCGCCAAAGGUGAGAUUGUUGGAGGAUGGCAUGUCAGUUCCUUGGACAGUUCCAGGCGUUGUAGUGUGCCGCUGAUGUUUGUUUUUAGGUAACUUUUAGUUUAUUUUUUAUUUUUCAAGUAUACUAUAAACAGAAAUUUCGAAGUCAACUAAAAGAUCAACAUAACUAUGAAAAGAAACAUAACUAUGGGAAUAAGUAUCAUCAGAUUGCCCACAAACAUCUGAAUCGGAUGGUUUGAACAAAUUAUGUCAUCCAAUGGUGGUCAUCAAAAUUGUUACAUUGGUCUAGAUGUACGAAAUUCCACUAAAUGGAACCAAGCAUAGGGGAGGGGACGGCUACCACGUCAGACUCCGGCACCAUCAGCCCACCAAAAUACCCCACCUGGAGCCCCUUUUCCGCACUUCGUCCUCUUCAUGUACUCUUUAUAUGCACCCACGGACACCGCCAUUGCCGUUGAACCACCUCGGGCACCGUCUAGGCCUUGUCGAACUUCCACCACUCUAGCCAGACGCUUGCCUCUCAGUCCCAGUGUGGCUGAUCAUCCGAUAAGACCAGCUAAGCAUCAUUGGCUUGGUCAGCCUUUACCCGACCAACUACCUAAUACUACGCAGGCUCAUCAAACAACGCUUUUGAGCUUUCUUCAGGAUUUGG